AUAGACUCCGCUGGCUAGAAGGGCCACCAGUGCGGAAAACGGCUCCCUCCCUCCCUCUCUCUCCCCGCCAAGAUGGCGCAGCAGGUGAACAUUUCGGAGCUCUCCUUCCCGCAGCUGGAGAUGCUGAAGAGCCAGCUCGACCAGGAAAUGGAGUUCCUUUCUUCCUCCAUUGCUCAACUUAAGGUGGUGCAGACAAAAUAUGUGGAAGCAAAGGACUGUCUAAGUGUAUUGAACAAAAGCAAUGAAGGUAAAGAACUACUGGUUCCACUCUCCAGCUCUAUGUAUGUUCCUGGGAAGCUUUCAGAUGUUGACAAUGUGUUGAUAGAUGUAGGGACAGGUUACUAUGUAGAAAAGUCAGUGGAUGAUGCGAGAGACUUUUUCAAGAGGAAGAUUGAUUUCCUAACAAAACAAAUUGAGAAAAUCCAACCCGCACUGCAGGAGAAACAUGCCAUGAAGCAAGCGGUGAUAGAAAUGAUGAGCCAGAAGAUUCAGCAGCUAGCAGCAGCAGGAGCUUCACAGGCAGCAGCAACAAAAGCUUAGCAAACAUGGGUCACUCAUACAUUUUUUACAGUUCACCAUUUUGUGAUGUAACCCAAUAUCGCACCAUAGGGUGCAUCCCGUCGUCCAACUGUGCAACUGAAGGUGGGGAGGGGGCAACCGUAUCUAUUUAGGCAAAUACCUGUGGAAGUCCACCUUGGAUCUUUUCUAGAAAUGAUGACGUCUUGAGGAUCCCAUCUGUUCAAAUGAAUAGACUUUCAGUAGCUGGGGUGGUUUUAUUGCUGGCUGUCUAGUUCAAAACAACACUGAAAACUGUUAUUUGUAAAUGGAAUUGUACAAAAUAAACAGGUAGGAUUACAGAA